AUGGAUACUCCUACUGUCUCGGUAGACUAUUUUUUUAGAUUUUCCUCAACUUCCCCUCCUACAAAGUUCACAACACAACCACGAAUUAUUAACGGCGCGUUAAGGUAG